AUGGAGAUAAACGCCUCAGGUCUAGCUGAUGCUCAACUCCCUGAGUACUCAACUGCGGAAGUUGCAUCUCAUAACCGCAAGGAUGACAUCUGGAUCAUCAUUCAUAGCAAGGUUUUCGAUAUUACGCGAUAUUGCCAGGACCAUCCGGGAGGCGCAGAGGUCCUCAUAGAAGCUGCAGGCACAGAUGCCACCGAGGCCUUUGAAGAUGUUGGGCAUUCCGAGGACUCGGUAGAAAUCCUGCAGGAAUUCCUAAUCGGGUCCCUGAAGGGAGCCAAAGAAUAUGUCGCACCCAAGAAGGUCCAACUCGUAGUCCAGAAACCUGAAAAGGUGCCCCAUUCAUCUGAAAGCCGGCCAAUAGGAACAAUCGCUGCCGUUUUGGGAGCAGCAGCAUCUGUGCUCUAUGUGUGUCAACGGGGCAUUUUCGGUUCAUUGCUUUCCAAAAAUGGAGUCAGUCAAAUAAUUCCCCAACAUUUCAAGGGGGUAAGACUGCCUCGCGGUGGGUUUAUCAAUGGCUUUCUGGCGGCUACAGUCAUUUCCGCUAUAAUCGGUACCGUUGUGGCUCGUCAAGCCGCGAGGUUCACCAAGAUCGACUCGGGGUUUUUGCGCUAUCCACUGCACAUCAAAGCACGAAAGGUCGUAAAAGCCGACCCGCACUUGGCCAAGGGAUUUCUAGAUCCGAAAGAAUUCAAGCGCUUGCCUUUGAUUGAAAAAGACCAAUUGUCUUCCAAUGUCUACCGAUUUGUGUUCGCCUUGCCUCACUCCAAGGGAGUCAUCGGACUUCCUAUUGGACAACACGUCGCUAUCCGUGCAAUUGUUGACGGAGCGACAGUAUCCCGGUCAUACACACCUGUGUCAAAUAAUCUGGACAUCGGUCGACUAGAACUCGUCAUCAAGUGUUACCCUGAAGGCCUGCUUACCGGCCGCUAUCUCGCCAACUUGACGGUGGGAGACGAAGUUGAGUUCCGGGGUCCCAAGGGAGCGAUGCGUUAUAGCAAGGGGCUCUGUACUAAGCUAGGCAUGGUCGCUGGAGGAACAGGUAUCACGCCCAUGUACCAAUUGAUUCGUGCCAUCUGUGAAGACGAACGGGACAUGACUGAGAUCAGCUUAAUCUAUGCCAACCGGACAGAGGCAGAUAUCUUAUUAAGAGAGGAACUGGAGGCAUUCGCCCGCAAAUACCCCAAGAACUUCAGGCUUUGGUAUAUGCUGGACAGUGCUCCAGAGGGUUGGGCCUAUGGAACGGGAUUUGUCAACCAAGAAGUUCUUAGCCAACGAUUACCGGGUCCAUCUGAGGGUACUAAGAUUCUCCUUUGUGGGCCUCCGGGCAUGAUAAACGCAACCAAGAAGACGUUGACUGCGAUGGGGUUCCAGAAGGCCGGAGCGGUGUCUAAGAUGGGCGACCAGAUUUUCUGUUUCUAAUAAUUUCUGUUUCUCUCCGUUUCCCUUUUUCUUCUUUGACACGGCUCGUCCUGGGCGGUUUGUGUGUAAG